GUUUGAAAUAUGUGAAUACCCGUGACUUUAAAACGGAAAUUUAAUUUUUUUCUUCCUUUUAACUUUACUCUUUAGGCAGUUGACCCUGAUCUCAAGAAGAUAAGUAAGUUUUGCUAUUCUUUAAUUAAGAUCUACAGCCAGCCCAACACUCAAUCCCAGUCCCAUUGAGAAAUUUACGAAAAUCCCAGAGCAAGUGGUUCAUCCAUGUGAUGACUUUUAAACACAAUUCUGCGUUCAAUUCAGUGCCCUCUAGUUUAGAACUAGUUUUGCCGAGAAAAAGGUAUAUAUUUUUCUGCUACUUACAGUAGCAGAAAAAUGACUUCAUUGAGCCAUAAGUCGGUUAAAUUCAGUUUUCCUGAACUUUUUUAGACAAAUUCUCUAUCAAAAAUUGCUCUGUAGCUGUUCAUAAAGUUAUUUAACUUUGAAAUGUGCAACUACAACUGUCUUUAUAAUGGCAUUUGGGUUUUCUCAUACCCAUUUUUGAGUCCUUCAUUCCCAGUAACCCAAAUCCCAUUUCCCCGUCCAAAUAUACGCAAAUCAUUUGCUGGGCAUUUAUAUUUAUCUAUUAUCUUUAACCAUUGCUGCUGUUCUUAAGUUAAUUAAACAACAAUUUUAAAAUUUAUAGACAAGCACAUUUGACUCCUUGGAAAGGAAAAAGGCUACUCAUUCUAAGAAUCGUCGCCAGAGGCCUGGCACGAGUAAUUACGUUUUCGACCCUGCAGCAAUGCACUACUUCACCAUUUUAUGUACUAUUUAAAAAACGAGCAGGAGUGUUUUAUUAGGUUUACCAGUAAAGUCACGAGCGCGCAGCGCGAAUGGCUUUAGACCUAAUAAAACACGACCUGCGAAGCGACCUGUGAGUUUUUUAAAUGGCUUCAAAAACGUUUGCAUAAUAAGUCAAAUCUUUAUAUAAACUAAUCUUUAUAUAAAAAUCUUUAUAUGGUUUGCAUAACAAUGGUCUUUUGUUAAAGUGUUCUUUAGCUGGUAUAAAGACGUAUGCACGUGACUAAUUUCUUACUCAAGAUUGGAUAAUUGGUUCAUGAAUUAUUAAUGAGUUUUUGAAAUAAUAUUAAAAUAUUUUUAUGGAGGUAGUCACUAAUCCCCGACUGAGGCUCGGAAUGUUUUCUAAUUUGGGUUUCCAUUGUCAAAUUUUUAGCUUAUAUUUUUACCAACCUUGGAAAAGAAGGACACGAGGGACCUGCAAACGCGAGAGGUUACCUAGGAACGACUCUAGAAGGCCAGGUUACGUUGAAUGCUGGAAUCCAGAUGUGGCAAGUACCAUACACAGGUACUUACAUAAUCGAGUCACGCGGUGCAGCUGGUGCAAACGGCACUUUUCUGAACAUAUCGGGAAACGGCUUCACUGGCACAUUGAAGCGUGGAGGCUUGGGAGCGAAAAUAAGCGGAAAAUUUUGGCUUACUCAUGGGACCUUGUUGAAAAUUCUUGUGGGCCAGCGUGGAAUGAUAGGUACAUAUGGUUGUAGACGUGGACAUAUACAUAAACAGCUUUUUUUCCGUGCUGGUGGGGGAGGUGGAGGGUCUUUUGUAACAUACGUGAAUAAUACCCCCCUUGUUAUUGCUGGUGGUGGUGGUGGUGGCGGCAGCAGCUGCUGUGGUGCAUGCGUUGGGAUUGCAGAUAAAUCUGAUGGUGAUUCGGGACAGUUAGGGGUAUUAGGGAGCAGAUGUAACAGUACGGUAGGAAAUGGGGGCAUGCUAUGUUCUAAUGAAAAGGGAUACACGACCGAGGCUGGAAGUGGAGCUGGGUUGCUAGGCAACGGUAGUAGUAGUCUUAAGUGGUCAAUACGUCCUGCUAGAUGUUUUGUCGAUGGAGGGACAGGUGGUACCGCUGGUGGGCGGCCAAGUGGUGAUGGAGGGUUUGGUGGUGGUGGUGGUCAUGGUUAUGCACACGGAGGGGGAGGGGGUGGAUAUACCGGGGGUGGUGUGUGGGCUAACGAUACUAGUGGUAUCGCAGGGGGUGGCGGCUCAUUCAACCAUGGCUUUGACAAGAAAUCUGGUUAUGGUGAUGCCUUAGAGCACGGCUUGGUUAAAAUUGUCUUUCUUGGCUAA